AUGCGUAUUAUUCAAGUAUCGUUUAUAUUGAUUAUAUUUCUUUCUGUCAUAUUGCAUGAAAUUAAAGGUAAUUUAGUGAGUGAAUUUAUUCAAUUUCUAAAACGUCUUAUUCAAUCAAAUUGUUCUUGUUCCCAAAAUGAAUGUUGUUCAAAAUGGGGUUAUUGUGGUCGUACAGAUGCACAUUGUGGUCAAGAUUGUCAAUCAGGUCCAUGUAAAAUUUCAUUUAAAACUAUACAUACUAAUUUUGACAUAACAUCAGAAGUAUUUGCAUGCAUAUUUACAAAUAUUGAUAAUGAUCUACGUGAUCGUCGUUUAAAAGGUUUCAAAGAAGCUAUGAAACACAUGAAAUGGCAACCAGUAAAUAGUACAGAAGCAGCUAUAUUUCUUGCUCAUGUUUCACAUGAAACUGAUGGUUUAAAAACUCUUGCUGAAUAUUGUUCUAAACAAGGCACUUGUAAUAAUUAUCAAACAUCAUGGUGUUCAAUUGAAGCUCGUCCAAAUAAAAAAUAUUAUGGUCGUGGAUGGUUUCAAUUAUCUUAUCCAUGUAAUUAUUAUAAUGCUGGAAAAGCUGUUGGUUUUGAUUUACUUAAUAAUCCAGAUUUAGUUAGUAAAAUAGAUAAAAUAGCUGCAUUAACAGCUAUUUGGUAUUUUAAAGAAACUGAAAUGAAUCAAUUAGCUCAACAAGAUAAUUUCGGUGGCACAACUCGAAAAUUAAAUGAAUAUGAAUGUUCUGGUAAAGCUGGAUAUCAUAUGCAAGCAGAACGAAUACAAACUUAUCAUCGUGUACGCAAAUGUUUUGAUCUUCCAGAAGCAACAACAAAUCUUACUUGUUAA